AUGCUGAACCGCAAGUCUGUCUCCGCCCUCGUCGCGGGCGCCGCUCUCGCCUCGGCCCAGUGCACUCUGCCUACUGAGCCUCUCACCAACAACCUGACCUUCCCUUUCCGCGUUCAGGUCCAGAACGCCACCCGCAGCGAGGUUCACAACAAGUUCAUGAACCUCUACGAGGCCGGUGGUGGUGACCAGCAUCUGUUCAUUGGUCCUGUCGGCGUUCCUACCUAUGACUUCACCCUCAUCAACGGUGUCAUCAACCACGAGCCCAAGGGCGUUCGGGCCGUCAUUGGCGGCGAGUUCUCCGAGAUCGACCACACCACCAAGAUGUUCAUGACCGAGCGUGGUGAUCCUCGCGCCAUCUUCCAGCCCACCUGGGCUUGCAACCCCGAUACCGACGAGCCUCAGAUCGAGCUGCAGUUCGUCGAGAUGCAGGGCGAGACUCCUGGCGGCUGGAUCUGCGUCCGCAGCUCCUUCGAUGGCAGCCACGAAUUCCGCUACUAUCCUCCAGGCAAUGAGCUCGUUGAUCCCAACCGGGAGUGCAUCAAGGUUACCCUUGUUGCCAUUGAGGUCGACCCCUCUGAGAUCCCCGCUUAUCCCACGACCACUGCCACUACCCUGGUGACCAGCACGGUUGCGGCUACUAGCACUGCCCCUGCUGCCACCUCUACCCACGAUCCUUCUGCCCUCUUCGCCGACUUGACGCACCUUGGUUGGCGCUUCAUCGGUUGCGCCCCUGAGGAGCGCUGGGCUAACGACGGUCCCUUCCGCACCCUGUCUGGCGCCAUGUUCGGCUCGGAUUACAUGACCAACGAGGCUUGCAUGGCCUUCUGCGAGGGUCUCAACUUCGCCUUCGGUGGUACUGAGUGGAGCCGUGAGUGCUGGUGCGGCAACAGCUACGCUCCUACUCGCGAGCCCAACACCACCCUGGCUUCCGUCGCCAACUGCAACUUCCGUUGCAGCGGUGACAAUGCUCAGUACUGCGGUGGUGACUCUUGGCUCAGCCUGUACGCCAAGUGCGAUGAGGAGGAGGAGUGUGAGAACGCUACCUUCUCUUAA